UUUAAUCGUUUUGUACCGUCUCCUUCCUCGUGAUCUUCUAAACAAAAAAGCCCCUUGUAUUUCUGUUUUACAAUUUCACGACUCGUGUGAUCACUUACUCAAGAAUUUGUGUUUUUCUUCAUUCAUUUUUAAAGGUUUCAGAGAAUUAAUGCACUGUUCUACCAAUUAGCCUUCAAUUAUGGAGCAAUAUAUGGAAGCGUUCACACUCUUUGAUCACAUUCAACAAAACGAUUUCUCAUAUAGAAAGCACAAGAAGCAAAAGGAAGAGGACAUUGCUAUAUGUGAUUGUAGAUUUGAUAUUAGUGAUCCUGAUAGCGCGUGCGGCGAGAGUUGCUUGAAUGUUUUAACCAGCACUGAGUGUACCCCUGGUUAUUGUAGUUGCAGUGCCUUCUGCAAGAAUCAGAAAUUUCAGAAAUGUGAUUAUGCUAAAACGAAAUUUUUCAAAACUGAAGGCCGUGGGUGGGGUCUUCUUGCUGACGAGUACAUACCGGCUGGACAGUUCAUUAUUGAGUACUGUGGAGAAGUAAUAUCAUGGAAAGAAGCAAGACGAAGAUCUCAUGCUUAUGAACGUCAAGGUCUUAAAGAUGCAUAUAUCAUUUCACUAAACUCCCUUGAAUCCAUCGAUGCCACUAGAAAGGGUAGUCUAGCUAGAUUUAUAAAUCAUUCAUGCCAGCCUAAUUGCGAGACAAGAAAGUGGAAUGUUUUGGGAGAAAUAAGAGUUGGAAUAUUUGCAAAACAGGAUAUUUCCAUUGGAACUGAACUGGCAUAUGAUUAUAACUUUGAGUGGUAUGGUGGUGCCAAGGUUCGCUGCCUCUGUGGUGCAGCCAGCUGUUCCGGAUUCCUUGGGGCAAAAUCUCGUGGUUUUCAGGAGGACACUUACCUCUGGGAAGAUGACGAUGACAGAUACUCUGUCGAAAAGAUUCCACUCUAUGAUUCUGCAGAAGAUGAGCCUUCCUCUAAGUUAAUGAAAAUUGCAAACUCCAGUUUUGAGUAUAAUAUCAGUAGGACCAUUGACUACACUGCAGUUACAAACUUGAACGUGGAAUCUGCACACCAUGAUGAAUCUGCUGACACUACCAUGAAGCCACUUGAUUCAGUUCCAGCAGAAGUUGCAAUUAUGAUUCCAGUAAAAGUUGAGGCAAGUGAAGAGAUGAGUUUAUAUUCUCAUGAUCCUCAACAGACCUUAGUACAAAAGGGUGCAGUGAUCUCUCUAGCUGGAGAUGGUAGUGCAAGUGGGAAUUACCACAUAGCACGAGGCCCGAUACCAAAGAAACGUUUAAAGAAUCAUUCUAAUGGAAAGUUGAAAAAUCUACCACAAAAGCAAGUUGAUGCAAAACAUGUUGUGAAACUCUUAGCAUUAAAAGAAGCACAAGAUGAAGUUCUGUCUUGCGAGGAUACAAAGAAUGAGGCAGCCUCCGAGCUUUCUUCCCUGUACAAUGAAAUACGGCCUGCAAUUGAGGAGCACGAAAGGGAUAACCAGGAUAAUGUAGCUACAAGUGUAGCUGAGAAGUGGAUAGAAGUAUGCUGCCUGAAAUUGAAGGCAGAAUUUGACCUCUAUUCCUCCAUUAUCAAAAACAUCGCAUGCACUCCUCGACGGGCACCUGAACAAGCACUACCUUCUCCAAUCGAGGGAAAUGAUAAUGAGGUGAAAUACCUGGGAUUUUAAACAUUCUCCAUUUCAUAAUUUGUUGAAACCAUAAUAUUUUCUGCCCUCUAAAGUCUUGCUCAUAGAAACUCGGAUGUACUAAUGCUCGAGCAUUCUACGCUUGUUCUAGUUAUUAUAUUUACUAGCUUCAUUGAGUAGCAUGCCACAUUGCCAUGCGUCGGUCACUUGUUAGUUUUUGGCCUACUUUAUAUAAUAGAUUUGAGCUAAGAUACACAAUUGGUUUCAGUUAACUUAGAGAGAGUAAGAUCAGAGGGGUGCAGAAAGGAAUCUGAAAAUGUAAGUGUAAUAUUUACAAAACAAGAGAGUUUCAAUUUCAUUGUCAAUUCAAGCUGUA